AUGGAGGCUAAGAAAAAGGAGGAGUACAAUUCGGAAAAACCUCGAAGAUACCACAAUUACACCCCACUCCGAGUUUCUCUAGUCGAUGUUUACAGGGAGAUUUGUCAUACUGAAAAGCUUCCACCUCCUCGCCCCAUUAAGCACAAAAAGGCUGGAAGUCAGACAGAAUAUUUUGAGUACCACAAGCUAUAUAGGUAUUCUACUAAUGACUGUUAUGGAUUAAAGAAUGUCAUAGAAAAAAUGGACAGAGAAGGUCGGCUAGAAAGGUACCUAGCUGAUAGGUCGGACGACAAAAGAAAAAGAAAAAAAGAUGGUGAUGAUAGAGGACAGCAAGAGCGACCUCCACAAACUCCUGAGAGGCACAUACACAUGAUAAAUAGAGGAUUUGCAGGAGGGGGAGUCACUAAGUCCUCACGAAAAAGACAUCUCAAAGAAGUGUAUCAAGUCAGGGAAGAUAGUAGAACUCUUGACUUGCCAACAAUCUCAUUCACCAAAGAAUACACACAAGGGGUGACACCUGGUCAUGACGAACUUGUAGUAAUCAUAAUGAUUCUUGCUAAUGCAAACCUCCACAGAACGUUGGUGGAUCAGGAGAGUUCAGCCGACAUACUAUUUAAGCCCGCUUUCGAUAAGCUCAUGUUAGAAGAGAAAAAUAUAAAGGCUUAUCCCGAUAACCUUUUCGGGUUAGGAGAUAUGCCGAUCCGACCUUUGGGAUUUAUCUCAUUAUAUACCACUCUUGGUAAAGGCACGAAGUCAAGAACUUUAAACAUCGACUACAUCGUGGUCGACGUCAUGUCUGCUUACAACACCUUGUUAGGUCAGACCACCUUAAACCAGCUAGUUACUAUUGUCUCCACACCUCACCUAUGUAUGAAAUUCCCAAUAACAGAAGGAAUUGUCACGAUAAAAGGAGACUAG